AUGGAUGAAAAAGGCAAAGAAUUGUGUCCUCGUCUCAUCGAUUACUUGGUGAUUGUUGGUAAACGAUCUCGUGUACGCAAAAGCUCACAGCAAAGUUUCGAUGGAGGUGUUUCGUCGUCGGCAAAUAUCGGUGCAACAGGAUCAUCGGUGAGUGUCACCAAUCCGGAAUUGUUACGACGUUAUCCGACCGAUGACCAUAAAGACUUUUAUUUACCCACUGAUGUGACCGUCUUUUGUCAACCUGAGGGCUGUAUCACUAAAGGUGUGCCCCGUCGAACGCAAUCGCUUCGAGAUUCACAUAGUUUCGUGUUUACAUUAACUGAGAAAGAUUCGGCAAAAAUUCGUUAUGGGGUUUGUUUGAAUUUUUUUGAGUGCUUCGAAACGAACAGACUCAGUACAUAUUGCAAGCAAUCGACAAACACAUCCGUUCAGCACAGCACAAUAACUCGACGACGCGAUCAAAAGUUAUCACUGACGAGUCUGUGCUUGAUAUCGCAUCAUCCUUUUCUAUCAACAUUUCGAGAAUUAUUAACACUUCUUAAGAAUCUCAUCGACAAUUGCGAUUAUCGAAUAGCUCAUGGUGCAUUAUGGUCAGUUUUGACUGGACAUUGGGCCGAGACAAUACCGGCAAGUGUAAUGCAUGAAAUUCGAGAAUUAGAAACAUGGAUUUUGAUGCUUCUGAGCGCACCGGUUCCUGUUCCCGGGAAAACAAAAGUGCAGUUAGAGGUGAUGCCAAUUAGCAUAAUGCCAAUACUGGAAUUCGCUCUACCUGACCAUACGCGUUUUUCGUUAGUUGAUUUCCCAUUGCACUUACCAUUGGAAUUACUCGGUAUCGAUACGGCCAUUAAAGUACUAGAGGCUGUGAUGCUUGAAUGUAAGGUGGUGCUACAGUCAAGAAAUUAUAAUGCAGUAAGUAUGUGUGUGAUGGCGAUUGUCGCACUUUUAUAUCCGUUGGAGUAUAUGUUCCCUGUAAUACCACUAUUACCAUCCUAUAUGCCAUCCGCUGAACAGUUGUUAUAUGCGCCAACACCGUUCAUAAUUGGAAUACCCUCAUCGUUUUUCGUUCAUAAAAAGAUUACAACACUACCGAACGAUGUGAUUGUUGUUGAUUUAGACACAAAUCAAGUGCAUAUGCCUCAUGGUAUGAGUUUACCCGAAUUACCUGAACCGGAUUGCACCAACCUGAAGAACAGUUUCCGUGCGUCUUUGGGUAAAAUGACAAUGAAUACAACAGAUGUAAAUAAUAUUGGUGGACGUCAUGGAAGUUUUGAAUCGAGUUAUACGAUUGAUAGUGAUGUUAUAGAUGUCGCCGUUCGGGUGGCUAUGAUUCGAUUUUUUAAUAGUGCAAAUGUAUUCGCAAACUUCAGUGAGCAUACUCGAACGUUAAGGUUGUAUCCACGACCAGUGGUUGCCUUGCAAAUCGAAUCGUUUUUGAGGAGUCGACCACACUUCACUCAAUUCGUGCUUGACCUUUGCAAGACGCAAGCGGUGGAGUAUUUUGCGGAGUGUUCGUUAUGUCCACGAAAUGAGACGUACGUUCGAGUGCAGACGGGUACAGAUAAUCCAGAACAAAUUGGUGAUAAAAUCAAAUGGUUUAGUGAUGCGCUGAUGCCUGUUCAUUUCACUGUUUAUCCAAAUGAUUCAACACUGGCAACCAUUUGGCAUUACACAGCAAGCAAUCAUAUGAACAGUGGAUCUGAUUCUGAUGAGGAUAAUGGAAGUGAAGGAGGUAACACAGAUGAUGCGGGUAGUUGCUCAAGCAUUGACGAUCUCGUUUUUGAAUCACCCGAUGAAAUUGAUCCAACAUUAGGUAAUAUUUUACGUGUAUUGUGUAUCGUUGAGUAUACACUAAUGUAUGAAUGCUUUAUUAAAGGUGCAUCAAAACCGCUCGGAGAAGUGAACGAUGUUUAUCGCGAGCCACUUACACUCGAACUACCACAGAGUGAAAGUGCUUUAUCUAUUGGAAGUUCGAGUAGUGGACGGUCAAGUCCUUCAUCAUCAGUUUCCACGUCGGCGAUGGACAGCGAAGCUGAUUUUGCACGACUAGCAGAGAAUUUAGCAUUGAAAUCAGAUUCGAAGGGCGCUUUUUCGUUCGAUCAUUCAGAUGAGAGUACACCGAUACAGAAUCGGAAAGGAAUGAUUGCAAUGAAAGGUUUUAGCUCAUUGCAACAACCUGAAAGUAUAACUGGUACAUCAAAUUAUAAAACACCUCCGUUAAAAGUAGUUGGUAUGAAGGGUAUUGCACAUUUAACGGAUUCUGGUGAAAAGGUAUUGGGACCGCAGUUCAUGAGUGCAUUAAAUGGAUAUGCUGAAAAAAGUCAUGAUAUGUUCAGUCAGAUGCUGAAUCGAACAGCACCAAAAGCACAAGCACUACGAGAUAAGACAAUGCGACCAAUCGCAGCUGCAGCAGCAAAUCGUAUGGAACAAAGUCAACAUCUAGUUAAAACGAAAACAACCACCAUCACAAACACAAAUACGGCCAUUCAGCAAAGUAAAAAUCAACAAGUGGUACGAGAAAUUUGUGAUCAAGUACUAUCAGGGCAGGGUGUUGGAGUAUUUACAUAUCCGAAAUUGAAGCGUCUGAUGGAAGACGAGAGUUUACGACAGCUGGUAUGUUCAAAACUGAACCUGGGACUGGAAACGAAGCAUUCUGAAGACGAUUUUGUUCAAGAUAUGCACUUGAAUCGUUCACAAUAUAAAGGAUAUGUAAAAGUGCUACAAACAUGUAUCGUUGGCUUAGAGAAUUCGUUCAACACGCCCGGUUCAAACGGUCUCGCAUCGCUAUUUCAUGUUCUUGAAAUUGCACACACGCAUUUUUGGGCGAAAGAAUCAACCGCAGAAGCUGUAACUCCAGCUAGUGGGUUGAAUACGCCAUCCGCGGCUUAUUUAUCGUCGUCGCCAUUCGCAGUUCAUCAGCAGCCAUCUGCAGCAAUGAGCAGUAGCAGUAGCGCAGCAGCACAACAACAGAAACGACUGCCAUCGACACACAUCGAUACUCGUAUUAUGUCAUUAUCACAAGCAAACACUUCGUCAGUUCAAAUUCAGUCAACAUCGAAUGAUCGUCCAGCUGAACAAACUAAAAAGUUAUCGCUAGCACAACAAGGUGGCAUUAUCUCUUCUCAAAUCUGUUGUGCUGCUGCCGCACCUUUUGGUCAAGAUGCAGAUUCAGUUAAGUCUCAAGAUUCAUCUGUUGCUUCUGCUUCGGUUGCUGCAGCACAUCGACAAGUUUGCGGUAUUAUCUUACCAAGUGGACCGCCACCUCCUUUGCCGCCUCGUCGACCACCACCACCUAGAUUGCCAUCGUUACCAACAGCCGCAGUGGCGUGUCGUUCUGGGUUUGCCGGUGGUGCUCCAUCCACAAUCUCCUCGUUACAACAACAAGAAUCUGUUAAUGAGGGAAUAAAUCAAGCAAUAAAAAUUGAAGAUCAUGAGCAGGUUGAAGGUGAGAAUUAUAGUAAAAGUCAUCAUCUUUCAUCUCUAAAUGAAGUAACAACGACAAAUUCGGAAGGAACAGCAAUGACAUCAGCAGAAGAACAACGAAGCACUGCCUCACCAUCAUUCUCUGUAGCAGCAACAAAUGCAGAUAAUCAGAUGGCUGUGACAACAAGAACACCACCAUCCCAGUGUGCAGUUGCUUUACCAUCAGAAACAGCAACAACAACCCAGCAACAGUCCAAUGAUCAUAACACAACUUCGAGUGUGCAGCAGCAGAGCACAAAAGGAGCAGUUUUCGAUGUGGAUGAAAAAUCUGAAACGAAUACAUUGGUUGCUUCACAGCCCUCAUCUGGUCCUUCGUCGCCUCUGCCACCACGCAGUUUGCCAGUUGAACAGAAUGUAUCUUCAGCAAUGACCGCAACAACAGACAGUCCGGAAAUGAAUCGGCACUAUAUUUAUCAGGAUUUAAUUUUGCCAUCACAAAAUCCAUUAUGGCAAAAGAUGGUGUUCUGGGAGAACGCGUUCUUCGAUGUGGUUGCGCAAGAGCGAGAUAUCGUUGGAAUGGAUCAGGAGCCUUGUGAAAUGAUCGAUCGUUACAGUGGAUUGUCGGAAUGUGAAAAGAAACGGUUGGAAUUGGAUGAGGAUCGUUUAUUAGCUACUUUAUUGCACAAUCUUACUGCGUAUAUGAUCAUGUGCGGAACUGGACAAAAGGCCAUACAACAGAAAAUUCGUCGCCUACUGGGUAAAGCGCACAUUGGUUUGGUUUAUUCGAAAACAAUAAAUCAACUGUUGGACCAAUUACCGUCAACGCAAAGCAAUGGAAUCUCAUUGAAACCUCUUGGAAGUCGACUGAUGCAAAAGCAGUCAUUCACAGUCCAUGCUGGUGCAAAUGCACAAGGAACACUGAUGUUCAUGGAGGUGUGUGACGAUGCAGUAGUGUUACGUGCCGUAACAGGCGCAAUAACAGAUCGAUGGUGGUACGAACGUUUGGUCAAUAUGACCUAUUCACCGAAAACCAAGGUGUUGUGUCUAUGGCGAAGACAUGAAGAUAAAGUUCACAUGCAUAAAUUUUACACAAAAAAGUGCCGUGAACUAUACGCAUGCAUGAAAGCAGCAAUGGAACGUGCAGCAGCAAGAGGUAAAGUUGCGGUGACGGGUCGAGAUCUCGGUGGCGAAUUUCCAGUUCACGAUAGCGAAUCGAAUCAAGGUGGUCUUCUACAGGUCCGAAUCGAUGGCGUGACACUUUUAUUCGCCGAUCGACAGGCAUGUGAAAUAGCAUGGUGUUUACAUCGUAUCUUCACAGUGCAAUUCACGCUUACCACUACCAAUGACGAGGAAAACGCAUCAUCUUCAGCUGCAGUAGCAGCAGUGCAUAAUACCGGCAUUCUGAAGAAUUAG